AAGAAAUUUCCCUCCGUGCUUGCAUUGUUUGUAGACUUCACCUAAUCUCCAUUUCAAUUUCUAUCUUGUUGAUUCUUGAGCAUCAUUUCUGAACUUCAAAGCUUCCAAAGACUGUUGCCAUGGCAAGUUCAUCAUCAGAUCAAGGUGCAACACCAUAUUCACAUUUCAAGUAUGAUGUUUUCCUGAGUUUUAAAGGCUACACAAGGCUCAGAUUCACAGACGCACUCUAUCAUGCUUUGGUCAACAAAAGAAUCGAGACUUUCAGAGAUAGCGAGAAGCUCAGAAUAGGCCAGGAACUCGAAGGUGCUCUUCUAGAAGCAAUUGAAAGAUCAAGGAUGUCAAUUCUUAUACUGUGUGAUGAGUAUCCAACCUCCAAGUGGUGCCUUGAUGAACUUGUCAAGAUCAUGGAGUGUUCCCACAACGGAACAAAGCGACCAGUGUUACCAGUUUAUUACUAUGUGACAAAAUCAGAUGUGCAGUACCAACUCAAUGAAUAUGCAAAAGCCAUGAUUGAUCAUCAAAACAAAGGCAGAUACAAUCACAAGUUGAAAGCAUGGAGGUCAGCCUUGUCCCAAGUAGGCAAGAUUUAUGGUCAACGCUGUAAUCAGAAUACACCAUGGGGUAUGGCUCUUGACAACAUUGUUGAAGAGGUCACAAAAAGACUUCCUCCGAUGCCUUUGUGUAUUGACCGUCCACUUGGAUGUGAUUCUGAACUUGAAGAGGCAAAAUCACUUCUAGAGAUUGAUUCUCGUGCUACAUGUUUGAUGCUGGGAAUUCAUGGAGAUGGUGAACUAAGCAAGUUUGUUGCGGAGCUGUAUAACAAGAUUAGGCCUCACUUUGUAACUGCAAGUUUUCUGUCCAAUAUGAGUGAGAAAACAAAUGAAAGUGGUGGUGGCCUAGAAGAUCUUCAAGAAACGCUUCUUUCUGAGAUGGGAGAGGAAAUAAAGACCAAGAUCGGAAGCACCUUCAAAGGAUCCUCUGAGAUAAAACAGAGACUAGGCCAAAAAAGAGUUCUUUUGGUAUUGGAUGAUGUUGAUAAUAUAAAACAACUGAAAUCACUAGCUGGAGGAAUUGAUUGGUUUGGUCCUGGUAGCAGAAUCAUUAUAACAACAAGAUAUGAAGAUGUGCUAGAUGAGCAUGUUUUAAAUAAUGGUAUUGAGGUUAAGAAGUAUUGCUAUGAUGAAGGUGAAUUCGAUGGCAACAAAGGAAGUUACACUAUGAUGGAAGAAAAUAUAGUUGGAUUACAGAAAGACUUUGAUGAGGUAAUUAAUCAACUCAAGGAAGAAGAUUCUCCAAGGAAUGUUGUUUCCAUUGUUUGCAUGGGUGGGUUGGGAAAGACUACCCUUGCUCGAAAGAUCUAUAACAGCAAAGAGGUCAGGAAGCUAUUCCCUUGCCGUGCAUGGACAACUGUUUCCAAAGAGUACAUGGAAAAAGAAGUGUUUAGAAACCUUCUCAACUCUCUGACUUCACAAAAAUCUAAAUAUGAAAAUUUACGUGAAGAGGAGUUGAAGGAGAAGGUGAGGAAAUGCUUGAAUGGGAAGAAGUAUUUGGUAGUGCUUGAUGAUGUUUGGGAAACAGAAGCGUGGGACAAGUUAAAGGAUUAUUUACCAGAUAACAAGAAUGGAAGCAUGAUACUGAUAACUACACGUAAAAAUCAUGUGGCGUAUUAUGCAAGGUCAAAGGAUCCUCACCACCAACAAAACUUCUUGGAUAAAGAUCAAAGCUGGGAAAUGUUUCGCAACAAGGUGUUUGGCAGAGAAGAGUGUCCUCAUCAUUUAGAGCCUAUUGGCAGAUCAAUUGCAGAAAGUUGCAAAGGUUUGCCAUUAGCUGUCAAAACCAUAGCCGGAAUUGUUUCAAAGAGGGAGAGAUCAGAGGAUGCAUGGGAAAAAAUCAAGAACCUUCUCCCUUAUUGGAGUGUUUUCGAGGACAAAGAAGGUGUUAAGCUGAUGCAGAUAUUGAAGCUUAGCUACGAUGACUUACCUGAAAAAAUGAAGCCAUGCUUUCUAUAUUUGGGGGUGUAUCCAGAAGAUUGUAAGAUUCGAGUGAGGGACUUAAUCGAGCUAUGGAUAGUUGAAGGCUUCAUACAACCACCAGAACACACCAGAAUGAGAUCAAAGGCACUGCAACCUGAAGAUAUCGGUGAACAAUACUUGAAGGAACUGGUGGAUCGUAACUUGGUACAAGUCAUACACAGGAAGAGUGAUGGGGAAAGCGUGAGAACAUGUCAGAUCCAUGAUCUCAUCCGGGAACUGUGCAUAACAGAGAGCGCUAGAAAUAUCAAUGCUCGUAAAUUGUCCUUCUCUUGCAACGCAAGAUCGUAUACCUGUUCAGCAACAUGCAAUGAAUCACGCACUUGUUCCUUGUUCUUCUUUGGAGAUCCAGAAAAUUGGUCCAGUCAUAUCCCACCAGAAGAAAGCUUCCGAGUUCAUGUGCUGUACUUCUCAACAAGCUUCCUAUAUAAAGAGGGAGAAGAGGAAAAUAUCAAGAACUUGCUCCACCUAAGAUACCUCAGGGUGCGCCUAAGUUUUACCACAAACUUGUUACCUACACUUGACAAGUUAGAAACAUUGCGUAUUCUGGAUAAUCCUCUUGAGAUUGUCGACAUAAGAUUUGGGAUUGAGCAAUUGAAUUAUGUUCGCAGCGUUACCGGAGUGAAGCUAUUAGCAGACACAAGAAGAAGAAUGCAGAAUCUGCGAACCCUGUAUCACGUGUGUCUUGAUUCAGAGGCAGAGUUCCUACUCAACAACGGCUACUUUCCUAACUUGACAUCGCUGGGUUUAAACCUAUCUUCAUUUCGGAAAAAGACAAUGAAGCCCUUGAGCUUGCAUUGCCCAAAAAGUGUGAACAAGCUCAAGUUAUGCUAUUAUAAUCCCGAAAAUUUCUCAUUGGAUGCAAUUGUGUUUCCGCCAAAUCUUACCAAGAUUUCGUUAUUGUGUACGAAUGAGUUGAACUACGGUGUCAUGAAUGCUUUGGGACGGAUUGCUAGUCUCCGAGUUUUAAAAUUAUGUGGAGGACUAAGCUCUGAUGAAACUCUCCAUCUUGGUGGUGCUGGAAGUUUCCCGCAGCUAAAAGUGUUUAUCAUGAGAGCCGUGUCUGUUUCAUAUCUUACAAUGGAAGAAGGUGCGAUGCCUCGUCUUCGACGUGUGUUCAUCCGUGAGUGCUUUGAAUUGGAGUGAGUUCCUAAACAUAUGUGUUCUUUAGGUAGUAACUUUCAGUAUGUAGACUUUCCUUAUAAGGAUCGUGAUUCUGAACUGAUAUGGUCUUUAAGCUCGAUCGAUUGAAGAUCACUCAGAAUAAAAGAAAAAUCAUCUAUAAAAUUGUAAGUAGGUUAUAUAUUCAUUAUGAUCAUUUAUUUUUUAUUUUUAUUCUGA